AUGGAAGUCAGGAAGAGCACAAACCUGAUCCGACACCAGCACAUCCACACUGGGGAACGGCCCUACACGUGUAGGGAAUGUGGGAAGAGCUUCAGGCAGAGUUCCAACCUGAUCCAACACCAGCACAUCCACACUGGGGAACGGCCUUACACAUGCGGGGAAUGUGGGAAGAGUUUCAGUGACAGGGCCAACCUAUGCAGACACCAGCUCAUCCACACCAGGGAACGGCCCUACAAGUGCUUGGAAUGUGGGAAGAGCUUUCAGCACAGCUCAACUCUCCUCAGGCAUGAGCGGACGCACACGGAUGAGAGGCCCUUCCGCUGCUCUGACUGCGGGAAAGGCUUUAACCAGAACUCCCACCUUGUCACACACCAGCACAUCCACACCGGGGAGAGGCCCUACAAGUGCUUGGAAUGUGGGAAGACCUUCAGCAGGAGCACCACCCUCCUCUCUCACCAGCACAUCCACACUGGGGAACGUCCCUACCCCUGUGGGGAAUGUGGGAAGAGCUUCAGGCAAAGCUCCAAGCUUAUCCAACAUCAGCGCAUCCACAGUGGGGAAUGGCCCUACACAUGUAGGGAAUGUGGGAAGGGCUUCAGUGACAGGUUCACUCAACGCAUCCACCAGCGCAUCCACAGUGGGGAACGGCCCUACACGUGUGGGGAAUGUGGAAAGAGCUUCAACUGGAACUCCAACCUCCUCACCCACCAGCGCAUCCACACUGGAGAACGUCCCUACACGUGUGGGGAAUGUGGGAAGAGUUUCAGACACAGCUCCACCCUGCACUCCCACCAGCACAUCCACACUGAGGAACGGCCCUACACGUGUUGGGAAUGUGGGAAGAGCUUCAACUGCAGCUCCCACCUCCACACCCACCAGCGCAUCCACACUGGGGAACGGCCCUACAAGUGCUUGGAAUGUGGGAAGAGGUUUCAGACCAGCUCUCAUCUCCUCAGACAUGAGCGGACGCACACGGAUGAGAGGCCCUUCCGCUGCACCGACUGUGGGAAGGGCUUCAAGCAGAACUCCACCCUCGUCACCCACCGGCACAUCCACACCGGGGAGAGGCCCUACAAGUGUGGGGCGUGUGGGAAGAGCUUCAUCCGAAACUCUACCUUGACCAAACACCAACGGACCCACCAGUAAGGGAAGCCCUACCAGUGCCCCAACUGCAGGAAGAGCUUUGGCUGUAGGACUGACACGCAAAAAAGGUUUCAAAAGGUCUUCAGGAUUUUGAGUAUCUGCACUCCAACAUCAGUUUAUUCUUUUGAAUAUGUGUAAGUUUAACAUCAUUUUAGUCUGAAAGCCAAAUUCACCACUACCCCGUUCCCUGAUAACCGUGGGCUGAUUCUGACAAGUGAGGCAGAAAUUACCCACUGCCCAGCAAAAACCAGUGGGGCCAGCCAGUGGUCUCUGCCCUGGCAGCCCAGUUUCCCCAGUCUCAUCUCAAAAUGACCAGUUACACUGAAGCAAAGAGCACUGGAACCAGUGCAAG